UAUUCCAAUACGAAUCAACCCAACCACAUAAGAAUAAAAUCAAAAAAAUCCAACCCAGAGAAAGGUGAUAAAAGCCGUUGCUUCGCCUUUAACCAAUUUAGAUAGUUAGAACUCUCACUGACUACAGGAAUAACCGGCCGUUGUUUGGUGUUGCUUUAUUGAGUGGCCGUGACCGUGAGGCUUUUUGUUUAAACGCGAAAGAGUUAUCAUUCCAUUCCAACGAAAAAAAAAAUGUAUUCAUUCAAAUCAAUUGUUGUGGUUUGUUGUAUGACUGCGGUCUUCUUCAUUGUUUGUGCUAAAGGUUAUCUCUUAAAAUCUCCUUCAUGGUGCGACAGGGAGCUCUGCCCGAGUGGCGGAAAGCAUAUAGCUUGUAAUAACGACGGUAGUUUUAGUCCAAAAUGUCAACCGGAUGUUGUUGUCCUGAACAUUGACCCUUUUAAAUCGAUGAUCUUACAUGAGCAUAACAAAAGAAGGAAUUUUAUUGCACUCGGUCUCUUGCCAGGCUAUUAUCCAGCUACAAGAAUGGCAACAAUGAAGUGGGAUGACGAACUGGCAUAUUUGGCGUUAUUGAACCUUAAAACUUGCACUCUUGACCAUGAUGAUUGUUACAAUACCUACCGUUACCGGAAUUCCGGUCAAUGUCUGUAUGGAUUGUACUCGAAACGAUCCUAUAUCAAUAUGACAAACUUGUUGGAGCAAGCUGUUGGAGGCUGGUUUAGUGAGUACAAUCUGAUUGACAGUAGCUACAUUACGAGUUUUCGUGUUGAAAGACAUUUCAAGGAAUAUGGUCAUUUUGCUGAGAUCGUAGUUGAUCGCAACACCCAUGUUGGAUGUGCUGCUAUUCGUUUUACAAGGCCAGACUAUCCACACGUGUAUAUCAUUAAUAUUGCUUGUAAUUAUGCAUCGAUAUAUGCAUUGGACACACCUGUUUACAGAGUGGGAAAGCCAGUGUCCAAGUGUCGAACUGGUAAUAAUCCAUACUAUCCCGGAUUAUGUUCGAAGGUGGAGAAGAUAAAUCCAAAUUAUUCUUAAAUGUCAAUU